AUGACGUCCUAUCUAUCGAAACUGAACCCGGUCCCCUCGUUUCCCGAGUUUCCGGGCCCCUACCAGGUCGGGACCGUCGACAUCGAGGUCCCCAUCUCCGAGAUCGAGUCGCCCAGCCCCGCGCCCGAGGGCUCCAAAGAGAUCCAAACCGUCCUCUUCCGCAUCUUCUACCCGGCCGUCAGCGGAUCAGGGGACAGCCGGACGACAUGGCUUCCUGAACCCCAACGCCUUCAUAUCGCUUCGUACGCUGGGUUUCUCGGCGCGGGCCCUACCGUGGCGUCUAUUCUAUCAUUCCUCCCACGGCACUUACACUGGACCACGAUCCCCGCCUGGGAAAAGGCCAAGCUGCUCCCUUGUCCCCCCGACCGAACCGAUGGCCGAUGGCCCGUCAUGGUCUUCUCCCACGGCCUAGGCGGCAACCGCAAUACCUACAGCCACAUCACCGGCUCGCUCGCCUCACACGGUAUGAUCGUGGUGUGCCCCGAGCACCGCGACGGCAGCGCUGCCUUCAGCGUCAUCCAGGACCCCCGACAGAAACAGUCGAUCACAACAGUACCCUACGUUCGUAUCCCCCACGAAUUCUCAGCCGAGACCUGGGCCGCCCGCAACAAGCAGUUCCGGAUCCGUCUGUGGGAGCUCGGGAUGGUGUUUGAGUCUCUUGUCCGCAUCGAUCGGGGGACACUCAAGGGCAGCAACUCUUCGUCUCCUCUCGCCCAAUUCACUGGUGUCCUCGAUAUCCACCGUCCGGGACGUGUCACCUUUGCCGGCCACUCCUUCGGCGCAGCGACUAUGGUACAGCUGCUCAAAUCGACCUUUUACGUCGACCACCCAUCUCUUCACAAGCAAGGGGACAACAACAACAAAACACCCCCUUUCCGUCCAUUGUUCACCCCUUCACCAACCAGCUCCCUCGUCUCGCAAGUCACGCCCGCCACGCCCACUGUGUUGCUCGAUAUGUGGUGUUUCCCACUCCUAGCAGCCGAGACCGCAGCUUUGCAUGCCCUGCCAUUACCCUGCUACGCAGCGGACGCUAAGCCCACCACCACAACCGAAAACGCGACGACCACCACCACCGCCCCCCUCAUCGCAAUCGAAUCCGCCGCCUUCUACGCCUGGCCCGAAAACCUCCACCUCACCGCCCUCAUCCUCUCUCCCCCAGAACCGCAACCGCAACCCCCUCACAACCCCUCUAUCAUCUCCGAAACCAGCACCCCCAAACCCCUAUUCUUCCACGUCCCCUCCUCAGCCCACCUUUCCCAAAGCGACUUCGGUCUCCUCUUCCCCCGCCUGACCCGUCGCGCGUUCAAGGCUGCGCAGUCGCCUGACCGGGUGUUGAGACUGAAUGUGAGAGCGGUGCUGCAGUUUUUGAGGGGGAAUGGGGUUCCUGUUGCUGGGACGGGGAGGGGGGUUUUGAGGAGGGAGGGGUGGGUUGCUUCCUCUUCUUCUACGUCUGAUGGGCGGUCUUCGUUGGGAUCUGAUUCUUUGGGGUCUGCUUCUUCCGGUCUUUCUACUCCUUCUCUUGAGACUGAAUGGGUGGAUGACGACGCAAUUAUCCUACAAGCUGCUACACCCGGUAAAGAAGUCGUGGCAGAGUGGAAGUGGAUUGAUAUCACUGGGCUCGGGGACAAGGCGCCGCCGUCUGAGUGGGAGAGGAUGCAGGGUAAGGGGGAAGACAACAACGAGAAGGGAGAGAAGGAGAUGGUGAGGGAGGUUGAGGCUGAGGUGGGGGAGAAGGAGAUGCAGGUUGAGAUUGAGCCGUCGUUGGGGGGUGGGGGUGUUAAGGGGGCUGUUGCUGUGGGUGUGGACGGGGUUUCUGUUGGGGGGAGGUAG